AUGGCUCAGGAUCGUUUCGACGCCUACCUGGCGUGUGGUGUCACUCACCGUGCACGUCAGGCAUUCGCCAAUAUCGCCGUGGUCGCCGGCCUGCUGCCGGCGACCGGGAUUCCGUUGCCCCUGUUCUCCUCCGGGGGAUCGGCCAUGGUGAUGACGCUCGCGAUGGCCGGCGUCCUGUGCGGCAUCAGCCGGCGCACGGUCGGCGGGACAUCCUUCGCGACGGGGGCCAUCCGUUCACAGCCGGCUGCUCCCCAUUUGAUCCCUGUGUUUCUUAUGCCCUACUGUGCUGGUUUUCAUUGA